CUCACCGAUGAACUUGCUCCUCCGAAGCCCCCUCUGCCUGAAGGGGAGGUUCCUCCCCCCCGCCCCCCGCCCCCCGAAGAGAAGGAUGAAGAAUUCCCAGAGCAGAAGGCCGGAGAGGUGCUUAACCAACCCAUGAUGAUGGCUGCCAGGCAGCUUCACGACGAAGCCCGAAAAUGGUCCAGCAAGCCCGAAGUGACCGGUGGGGGUAAGGAAGCCCCCGCUGAGACUGGCCCAGGUGUAGCUCGGGAGGAGGCGGAGGAGGAAGCAGAAGCUGAGUUCACCCUCCCCUCCGACAUGGAAGAUGAUUACGAGCCUGAGUUGUUACUCAUGCCAACCAACCAGCUUGUUAACCAGCCCAUUCUGGCCGCGGCUCAGUCACUGCACCGGGAAGCAACCAAGUGGUCCAGUAAGGGGAAUGACAUCAUUGCCGCUGCCAAGCGCAUGGCCUUGCUGAUGGCCGAGAUGUCCCGCUUGGUGAGAGGGGGCAGCGGGAACAAGCGCGCUCUCAUCCAGUGCGCGAAAGAUAUCGCCAAGGCUUCUGACGAGGUGACCCGUCUGGCUAAAGAGGUGGCCAAACAGUGCACAGACAAGAGGAUCCGAACAAACCUUCUGCAGGUUUGUGAACGAAUCCCAACCAUCAGUACUCAGCUGAAAAUCCUGUCCACUGUCAAAGCAACCAUGUUGGGGCGGACCAGUAUCAGCGAUGAAGAAUCUGAGCAGGCCACCGAGAUGUUGGUCCACAAUGCCCAGAACCUCAUGCAAUCCGUCAAGGAAACUGUCCGAGAAGCCGAAGCGGCGUCUAUUAAGAUCCGGACGGAUGCUGGAUUCACCUUGCGAUGGGUCAGGAAGACCCCAUGGUACCAGUAAAAGGUCUGCUCCUCCCCAAGCGUGGUUUUUUUUUUCCCCACGAGAAACCCCCCCCCUCUUCUGCAGACCACCUGAAGGUGCUGCCAAGGUUGACACCGGGGACUUCUGAAACCCCACCUUGAGGGUUGGUUUUUUUUCAAAAAAAGUAACGCGCUGGGCUGCUUUGGGUAUCUAAUCUCACUUUAGCUCGUCUCCAGACUUUUCCCCUCUCUCGGCUUUGGAUUUUUCUUUUAAAAAUUUUUUUAGAAACACUAUUUCAACCCCGGGUCUUCCCUCCUCUACCUCUGUCACAAUUGUGUUUUUUGUUUUU